AUUAUUGGAGUCCGGACCUAAGCACAUAAUAUUUUCUCUCAGCGACGACGCAUUCAACCUGCACGGCUUUCCAUCUCUCUCCAGCGAGCGGACGAGUGCAAAACCCCGAUGAGCUCUGAAUUUGGCUAAUCACCUCUCGGAAACUUUCAUUCCCAACUUUAUUUCUGUUGGCCUCUCUAAGAGCGAGAUACCAUGGACGAAGAGAACAUCGGCCCUUUCCGUCGGACCUCGGCUCGAACGAGGAAGGUCGCUUCCAAGAUGGCUGCAGCUCUAGCCAGCACAGAUAACCGGACGCAGGCAGCGCUUGCACGUCUAGAGGCUCUGGAAAGUGACAAUGUUGGAGCUGAGGCUGCUGAGAUCAACGAUGAUGAUGAUGCCUCUUUGGAUGAUGAAGAUCAAGUAAUUUAUGUACAGAAGAAACAAAAGGGUACCAAGCGGAAAACCAGACAGGCAAAAGCACUGGAGAAUGCAAGGAGGGCACCUAGGACAUUUUUGGAGAUAAUACAUGAGGCGAAUCUAGAGUCGUCAUCUCCGCAUGUUCCUACUUACUUGAGGGCUGCAGUAGGCCCUCCAACGUCCAGCUCUCGUCGUUAUUUCUGCACAGUCUGUGGAUUUAUAGCCACAUACACUUGCGUGAGGUGUGGGGUUAGAUUUUGUUCUUUCCGUUGCCAGGUUAUACACAAUGAUACACGAUGCUUGAAAUUUGUGGCCUGAUCGAUUGCUAGACUAGUUUUUCAGCUUUCUUCUAUUAUUUUUUCCUGCUCCUGUAUUCAUUUUACUAAUAUAUGAUGAAUGCGUUGUAGCUUUAGUUUUCUUAUAUUGUAAAUGAUAUGUUUCUUCUAAACAUAAACGACCUACCUACGGUGCUCUGCAUGUUGUUCUUGCCUGAAAUUCAAUAUCAGUUCAAUUCAUUUAUGUUAUUGUUAAUGAUCAGCGAGUU